AUGAUGCCAGCAGACGGCCAUCGCAAAGAUUGCUUAAUGUGCCAGGACCGCGCCAGGAUAUCGGAGCAGAAUCGAUUACCUGCGCACGACAACCUGCAGCCAGGACAGCAGAUCUUAACCCGGAAGACAAUCACAUAUCGAGAGGUAUUCGAGAAUGUCCAGGACAAAGACUCACGAGAGAAGCACUACAUCGUGGAGUGGCCACGCAAGAGCAACAAAUGGUACAUACUGCGCUGCGACGAGCACGACUUGAACUUUGGGGAACAUCCAUUCACCUCGGCAAGGAGCCACCUCUACUCUGAGGCUCAUGGCUUCAUAGAGCGUCGAGCCAAUAGGAGCAACAUGGCUUACAAGAAGGCCCUGGCAGAUGGCUACCAGCCGAAGGGACAUGGCAGGAAAAGGAGACGCAAGGCUGGUCACGGUUCUAAGCCUGCUGCACACAGGCCGAGACCGACGCACGGUGUCCUCCGACCAGCUGGAACGUCUACACAGUUUGACGGAAUCAUCGAUCCGAUUCCGGGUGAGGUGUAUGAGGGUGCUCAGCGACAGCCGGGGCGCAGUGAGCGUGUCUCAGUCAGGGGCAUCGGGGAUGGUCAGGAGGCGGCACGCAGGUUCCGCGCACGGCUUGAAGCAUACCGUGCCUCUCGUGGUGAGCCCCGGCUGAGUGUCAACAUUGAAAGUGAUCGGACCGAAGCUGGAACCGAAGACGAGGGCACAUCCGACACACAUGACCAUUCAAUUGCCGUGGCAGCCGCAUCGGGAACCACGGGAGAACACGAGGCCAACGGUAAAUGUCCAGGAGGAAAUGGGAAAGACGUUGCAGCACGCGAGGAGCGUGAUAUCCAUUACGCCACCGAAGACAGGAUUCUGGUUACCUCAUCAGAGCAUGACGAAUCUGAAAGCUCCCUCUCCCCAGUACCUAGCGAGUACGAUGGAGACGAGGCCGACUCAUCCUACAGCUCCAGGUCAUCUUCCUCGGAUGCUCCAGACGCAUCACCCAACCCAACUGUGGUAUUGGAGGAUUUUGAUAUCGGUGAUUACAACGAUCCUCCGAUAUCGCCCACUGCCACCAGUCAAAAAAGCGCCAAUCCAGGGCAUGGUUCCCACGCCAAUGAUGGAUCAGAUGAGAUGUUUGGCAAUGGCUCUGUUGUGACACCAUCAGCGAUGGAAAGUUUGAGGGCGAUACAGGUCGAGUUGAUUCCCGGAUACCAGGGAGAGUGCAGUAGCACAGUCGCGCAGUCCACCACACCCCUGGAGCGAUCAGAUCAGCUCUUUCUGUUUCCAGGUCUAGCUACACGUAGCACACAAGAAGAGGGGUAG